GAGCCGGGUAUGGGGUGGCUGCCACGUGGUCUGGGUGGCUGUGCCGGAUCGUGGGGUCCUAGUGGAGUGGAGGAUGGCAGCAGGGGACAAGCUGCAGAUGAACUCAGACAGGUUCCUGAGAAGCAUCCCUUGGGCCCUGAAGGCUCUGCUCCUACUGGAGGACUCAAGAGAUAGCCACUUAUGGCAGGUCUACCAUGAGGGCCUGAAGAAUUUAAUUGCAUUUAGAGAAGGCAUGGCUCUGUCUGUAGUCUGGCCAGUUCCAGUGGAUCAAGUGAGAGGCUUCUUGGCUGUCAUGGAGUCUCAGGAUCUGCCUCCCACAAAAAUAAUAAUGUAUAUGGAAGGACUGUCCUUCAUCUCCAGAAUAGUAGAUCAUACUGAUCCUCUUCAAGAUCCUGUUAUCUCUCACAUGAUAUCAAAGUUGAAACAUAGGACUGGUCCUUCAAGUGAUAAAUACUCUCCUGUAACUAUUGAAGUGUUAAGAUCUCUCCUGGGGACUCUGGAAUCUGUGUGUAGCUCUCCUUAUGAGUGUGUAUUGUUCCAUGCCAUGUUUACUGUAGCUUUUUUUGGCGCACUACGUGUAGAAGAGAUGGUGACAAAUCACCAAAAUAUGGCACAGCCAGAGCUCCUGUACUUGAGUGACCUCCAGCUGACUGAAGGCAGAGCAAACGUUUGUUUGCAUACAUCUCAUAUGGGCCAGGAGAGGUAUUUGAUCCAACUGAGAUUAUCUAAAGAGAUGUGGGUAUGUCCUGUUGAAGCUCUCCGUAUCUAUGUGGCAGCACGGCCAAAAGGAGAGGGCCCUCUCUUCGUGCACUCAGACAGUAUGGCUGUGACAAAGAGGGAGUUCCUCACUGUCUUCCACUAUGCUCUUGGGCUUGCUGGACUUCCUCCAAACCAGUAUGGUGUGCAUUCAUUCUGGCUGGGGACUGUUGUAACAGCAGUAUCUCAUGGGUAUUCUGAUGAAGCUGUUAAGAGAAUAGCAAGGUGGUGGUGGUGAAGAUCCUGAAGACAACAUACUUCCAUCUGUCUGUUGGGCUUCCAUAGUAAGGGGUAUCUUCUGCAAUGCCGAAAUGUUAUACUUUAUACAGAAUAAAGUUUCAGUGCUCUGUAAAGUUACAGAGAAGGGGAGUAACUAGUACAAGGUGACUUUUCCCACCUGGGAUGGUUUUGAGAAUGGAGUGUCAUGGUUUUAAAACUGCUGUCA